AUGAACGUCCCCAACGUCGGCACCGGCAUUUCCCCGCCGCCUAAAGGCUCUUCGAACCACGGGUCCAUCCCUAACACUAACAACAGCCUGCAGGACCAACUAUUACCAUAUCCGGACCUAGACCCUACAGCCCACCAACAACCUUCGCAGCAGGUCAGCUCUAAACUUCAGCAGCUAGGACCUCAGAUUCACCACAUACCGCAGCAGCAGCCAGUGCACCAAGGAGUGCAAACAAACGCCGGGCACCCUGAUAUCCCAGUACAAGCAGACAUCUACGGACAGGCGCUGCAAGCACACCUCCAAACCCCGCAGCAACAACACCAUCAACAGCAGCAUCAGCAACAGCAGCAACAGCAACAACAACAACAACAACAGCAGUUCUCAGACGCUAUGUUCAACUCUUUUCUCACUCAAAUCGGACAACGUCAGGUGGCCAAUGUCUUGAACACCUUCAACGCUGGUGCGCAUUCUAUGAAUGCUGCCAUGAACUCGGCUAUGGUGACACAGCCGGCACAGAGGUUCUUCCACGCGGCCAUGAACACCCCAUCUAUGAUGGAGAUGACACACCCGGCGAUGAUGCAGCCCACCCCCCAAUUUCAGCUGCAGGUCCCUCCACCAAUCGCGAAGAAGAUGUCUGCAAGCCAGAGCCGAAUUGAAAAGCGCAAGAUGCUGAAGAAGCAGGGGCCUAAGAGGCCUUCUUCUGCCUACUUUUUGUUUUCCAUGGCGGUAAGGGAGGAUUUGGUGAGAGAGUACCCCGACGCCAAGGUCCCAGAGCUAUCAAAGCUCGCUUCCGCGAAAUGGAAGGAGAUGUCUGAUGAGGAUAAAAAGCCCUACCAUGUGAAGUUCAAGGAGAACUGGGAAAAGUACAGAAUUGCCAGAAAAGAGUACGAAUCCAGCUUGCCGCCCAAAAGGCCAUCUGGUCCGUUCAUCCAGUUUACUCAGGAGGUGCGUCCGCAGAUUAUUCGCGAGAAUCCCCAGAAGGACCUGAUCGAAAUAACAAAGCUGAUUGGUGAAAAAUGGCGUUCUCUUUCUCCUGUUGACAAGAGAACCUACACCGACACUUACAAAAGGAAGCUAAAAGAGUGGGAGGAACAGUACCCAGAGGAGGCCAGUCCCACCACGCCAAAGGAUGUCCUUGGCGAAUAG